CUGCUUCUGAUGGACAUCUUGGCUUGCAGAUCCGAAGAGAACAUCUACAACAUCAUCCCCUCCGCGGCAACCAUGCUCUUCCACGGCCUCCCCGGAGGCGACGUGCACGGCGUGGUGGAGGAGAUGGAACGGCGAGGCAAGAGCGAGUCCACGGCCAUCAGCUCAGCCAUCGACAUGGGCGAGUCCGAGACGACCAUGCCGUGCCUAAGCAGCGAGCGCGUGGCCCUGUGCGCGGGCUGCGGCCGGAAGAUCGCGGACCGUUACUACCUUCUGGCCGUGGACAAACAGUGGCACAUGCGCUGCCUCAAGUGCUGCGAGUGUAAACUCAACCUGGAGUCCGAGCUGACCUGCUUCAGCAAGGACGGCUCCAUCUACUGCAAAGAGGACUACUACAGAAGAUUUUCGGUGCAGAGGUGCGCCCGGUGCCACCUGGGCAUCUCAGCGUCCGAGAUGGUGAUGCGCGCGCGGGACCUGGUCUACCACCUCAACUGCUUCACGUGCACCACGUGCAGCAAGAUGCUGACCACCGGGGACCACUUUGGCAUGAAGGACAGCCUGGUGUACUGCCGCCUGCACUUUGAGACUCUCAUCCAGGGAGAAUAUCACUCUCACUUUAACCACGCGGACGUGGUGGGGCACAAAGGCCUAGGCCCGGCCAACACGCUCGGACUAUCCUACUUCAACGGCGUGGGCACGGUGCAGAAAGGCCGGCCACGAAAGAGGAAAAGUCCCGGGCCUGGAGCAGAGCUGGCGGCUUACAACGCAGCCCUGAGUUGUAACGAAAACGACGGAGAAUCCAUGGACCGGGACUCCCAGUACAGCUCCAGCCAGAAGACCAAACGCAUGCGCACCUCCUUUAAGCACCACCAGCUCCGCACCAUGAAAUCCUACUUCGCCAUCAACCAUAACCCAGACGCUAAAGACCUCAAGCAACUGGCGCAGAAGACGGGCCUCACCAAGAGAGUCCUGCAGGUGUGGUUCCAGAAUGCCCGGGCCAAGUUCCGGCGAAACCUGCUACGCCAGGAGAGCACCGGCGUGGACAAGGCGUCGGACGGGUCGACGCUGCCGGGCGGGACCCCCUCCGGCCCCGCCUCCGAAAUCUCCAACGCCUCCAUGAGCCCCUCCAGCACCCCCACCACCCUCACGGACUUAACCAACCCCACCAUGCCCACGGUCACCUCUGUGCUCAGCUCUGUGCCGGGCGGGCUGGACGUUCACGAGUGCCGGAGCCCCUCACAGACCACUCUGACCAGCCUCUUCUGA